CGUUGGGGCGGGGGCAGGACCGGGCCACCCGGUGGGCUGUGGUCAGGCACACCCCACUGGCCUGCUGGCUCGCCUGGCCUCCUGCGCGAGAGCCAGAGCCGGUUCAGAAAGUCUCUCGCUGCCUUUGCACUCUGGGGAUUUGGACAGGUUCCAGAAAGCUCCAUCUCAGCUUGUUUUCCGAGAACCUGCUGGAGUGUUCCUGCUUGUUGUUUUGUUUUGUUUUGUUUUGUGAGGCUUUGAUGGGCCUGGAGGGAAGGCUGCUGAACUUUGGCUGUUUACUUUGCGUGAGGAACAUGGUGAAGCUGAUUCACACACUGGCGGAUCACGGUGAUGACGUCAGCUGCUGCGCCUUCUCGUCUUCCCUCCUGGCCUCCUGCUCCUUGGACAAGUCCAUCCGCCUGUACUCCCUAAGUGACUUUGCUGAACUGCCGCACUCCCCGCUGAAGUUUCACACCUAUGCUGUCCACUGCUGCUGUUUCUCGCCCUCAGGACACGUUUUGGCAUCAUGUUCCACCGACGGUACUACGGUGCUGUGGAGUGCGCACAGCGGACACACCCUGACGGUGUUGGAGCAGCCCGGUGGCAGCCCUGUGCGCGUUUGCUGCUUUUCCCCGGACUCCGCCUACCUGGCAUCAGGGGCUGCUGAUGGAUCUGUUGUUUUGUGGAAUGCACAGUCAUACAAAUUAUAUAGAUGUGGUAGUGUCAAGGACAGCUCAUUGGUGGCCUGUGCGUUUUCUCCUGAUGGAGGCCUCUUUGUCACUGGCUCCUCAGGCGGGGACUUGACAGUAUGGGAUGACAGGAUGAGGUGUCUGCACAGCGAGAAGGCGCAUGAUCUUGGGAUCACCUGCUGCAGCUUUUCCUCACAGCCUCUCUCUGGCGGGGAACAGGGCCUUCAGUCUUACCGAUUGGCGUCAUGUGGUCAAGACUGUGAAAUCAAACUCUGGAUUGUUUCUUUUACCCAUGUCUUAGGCUUUGAAUUAAAAUAUAAAAGUACACUAAGUGGGCACUGUGCCCCUGUUCUGGCCUGUGCUUUUUCCCAUGAUGGACAGAUGCUUGCAUCAGGGUCAGUGGAUAAGUCUGUCAUCAUAUAUGGUAUCGGCACUCAGAGUGUGCUGCACACACUGACUCAGCAUACCAGGUAUGUCACGACCUGUGCGUUCGCACCCAACACUCUCUUACUUGCUACUGGUUCGAUGGACAAGACAGUGAACAUUUGGCAGUUUGACUUGGAAACGCCUUGCCAAGCAGGAAGCAUGAAUGAUCAGCUGAAACAUUUCAUUGAAGACUGGUCAGAGGAGGAUGUCUCAGUAUGGCUUCGUGCUCAAGGCUUGGAGGACCUCGUCGGUAUUUUCCGGGUAAACAACAUCGAUGGGAAAGAACUAUUGCAUCUCACAAAGGAAAGUCUGGCUGGUGAUUUGAAAAUCGAAUCUCUAGGGCUGCGCAACAAAGUCCUGAGGAGUAUUGAAGAGCUCAGGACCAGGAUGGAUUCUCUUUCUUCUGGAAUCCCUGAUGAGUUCAUCUGCCCAAUAACCAGAGAGGUCAUGAAGGACCCCGUCAUUGCAUCAGAUGGCUACUCCUACGAGAGAGAAGCAAUGGAAAGUUGGAUCCACAAAAAGAAGCGCACGAGCCCCAUGACAAAUUUGGCUCUUCCUUCACUGGUACUAACCCCAAACAGGACUCUGAAAAUGGCCAUCAACCGAUGGUUAGAGACGCAUCAGAAGUGAACCUGUUCACAGGCAUUGGAUACACUUUCAGUGAUGCCCUUCUAAUGAUUCAGAAUGGCUAAGCAGCCAUUAUAAAAGCAAAAUAAAAGGAAAAGACAAAUGUCAAAUUCAGUUACUUUUAACAACUGUAAAUUAUGAGCAGGGCAGUGGUGGUGCACACCUUUAAUCCCAGCACUCAGGAGGCAGAGGUGGAUCUCUGAGUUCCAGGCCAGCCUGGUCUAUAGGGCAAGUUUUAGGAUGGCCAAGGCUGCACAGAGAAACCCUGUCUCAACCGCUCCCCCCCCCCCCAUCAAUUAUCUUUAAAACACAGAUUUAUAUAUCUAUUAUUGCUAUUUCUGAAAAGGUGAAAAUAUUUUUUUGCAAUAAUGGAGAAAUGUAUAGAAAUAAAACUUUACUAUGACUUUAAA